AAAAUGGCAACUAGCGAUGUAGGUGAUGAACUAAUUUGUGCACUGUGUCUCGAGAUUUACAAUGACCCCAGACUUUUAUCUUGCUAUCAUACAUUCUGCCAAACUUGCAUAGAACAGUUAAUCAAUAAAGGCGAAGAAAAAGGUAUAUUCAAGUGUCCCCUUUGUCGCUCAGCGAUCACAUCGACGGAAUUCCCAUCUAAUAUUUACAUACAAACACGAGUUACAUUCAACAACGAGAAAAUCAAAUGCGAAUUGUGUGAGAGUGAUGAAAAUAUCACAGUGAAAUGUAUUGAUUGUGAUCAACUUUUAUGCAAAAACUGUUCAUCUGUUCACAGAAAAAUAAAGUCUUGUAAAGGUCAUAAAGUGAUAGAGUAUACUCAAACCGACUCUCAAAGUACUACUUUUAAAAUAAAGAAAAACAGUUUCUGUAAAAUACACACAGAGGAAACUUUACGUUUCCAUUGUAUAAAGUGCGAGGUACCUGUAUGCAGGGAUUGUAAGCAUACAUCACACGAGGGACACAGAACCGAAGAUCUUGACGACCGCGUUCAAAUUGCUUCAGAGUGGAUAAGAUCGUACAGUAAGGGUAUUGAUUUAGAAGUCGGUAAUUUCAGCAAUAAGGUGCAAAGUGUUUUGAACUUAAAAAACGAACUUGACAAAAAUAUUGUAAACGUACAACAAAGUUUAACUAUUGUCGAGGAACAGAUGUGUAAAGAGGUUAAAGAGGAGUGCGCUAAGACUUGGUCUGAAAUAAACCAACUAACAGACAAUCAGUCCAGCUUGAUCAAGGUAAAGAAAGUUGAAAUAGAAGCAUUAAUAAGUAAAUUGACUAGCAAGAAAAGAUAUAUUGACUCAGUUGUUUGUAGUGGUACUGAUUCAGAUAUUGUUUUGUGUAAAAAACAGCUGUCUAAAGGACCAGAAAUGUGCACGCCCACUGAGUUAAUAAUAACUAUACCGACAUUUUAUGCAGACCGACCCAGUAUUAAAGUUGGUCAGAUAGCGGGGAAAAGGAUACGUUUGCAACUAGAGCCAAAAGUAAAGUUUAAGCACACGUUUCAUGUAGACAUGAUGAAUAAAUCAGUUUCAGCAAUUUGUCUAAUAAAUAAAGAUGAAGCGCUUAUUUCAUUUCGUUCAGAUGCAUGGAACCAAGGUUCUCGCGUAAAAAAUGUUCUUGCUUACUAUUCGUCAGGGAUGGAAAAAGAGGUAUAUUUUAUGCCACCACAAAUGGAUUUAAUCACCGACAAAAACGGGCGUAUUUAUUUCUAUGAAGAUCACUUAGAAAAAUUAGAAGGUGGUUUGACAGUUUAUCUCAAACCUGACGAAGAGAAUAAAACUGAAAAUAUUUACCCUUGCAAGAGACCAAUCUCCAUGGACAUUCUUUCAAAUGGAGAUAUUAUUAUAUUAGACAUUGAAAAUACAUUGUCGCGAAUUAAUUUUGAUCAGAAAAAGCAGAUUUGUUCUUUCGACGACGGUCACCUGACAUCGCCGAUUUCUAUUGCAAAGAGCAGAGAAAAUAAACUAUGGGUAGCAGAUCCGGGAAGCGGAAAAGUAUUUGUUUUUAACACAAAUGGGGAAUUGUUAUUCGAGUUUGAUGUCUGUCAGAUUCUAAAGUUAUCUAAGAAAUCAAAACCGAACAGUAUUUGCUUCUGUGAAAUCUUCAAUAUAGCGAUAGUUGCAGAUUCAAUGAAUAACUGUAUUUUCGCGAUAAGUGAAGAUGGGUAUUAUGGCGAGAUUGUUCUUGAUGAAUCUAUUGACCUGGAAAGCCCCUCGUGUGUAGCAUGCAAAGACAAUUUAUUGUGGGUAUGCGAUAAAAGGAGCAGAAUAUGCAUAUUUGAAAUGUUAAAACCUUAAGUUACAUAAUUAUUACUAGUACACUGUGAGUUGCGCAUGAUUGAAGAAGUUUUUUUCCUUAAUUAUGUCGGUUAUCAAAGUUUGCCAAGUGCUGCUUUCGUUCAAUAUCAUUAUGAAAUAAGUUGGUUCAUAUGCAUGUACAAUUUAAAAUUUUUAAAAAUAUAUAGUUAGAAUUUUAAUUUUUUUUUUUGCAUUUUUCACAAAAUCCCAAAAUUAAAAACAUUUUAAAGUUUUA